GAAUGAACACUUGAAUUACAGAAAAGAUGGCAUUUCCAACAUUGAACGCAUUUGAAGAAUCUUCUGCUAUAUCUGUGGCAAUGGUUACAGAAUUGAGGCAAAAAUUUCUGGAAAUUGUGUCCAAAAACCCGGAACUAUAUUAUGAUAAAGAUAUUGAUAAAAUCAAAUCCGACGACUGGUCUCUCAAACGAUUUUUAAACCAAAAUAAGUGCAAUGAAGAGAAGGCAUUGGAAAGUAUUGACAAAGCCAUGAAAUGGAGGAAAUCGUUUGGUGUCUUGGAAUUAAGUGAUAAGGAUUUUCCCAAACAAUUCUUCCAAAGCGCGCCUCUGUUUCUGUACGGACAGGAUCUCAAUGGUUCACAACUACUAAUAAUGAGAGCAAAAGUUAGUCGCAAAAUCAAGUCUUGGAUACCAACCGCUCAGAAAUUCUUCGUCUAUUUAGUGGAAAAGGCGGAGACUAUGAAUAAGGGAAAAGGCGCAACUCUAUUACUGGACUGUAAGGACUCCGGAGUGAAAAACACAGACAUUGAUUUUAUGAAGUUUUCCUACCAUGUGCUCAAUGACUAUUAUCCGGGUUUAGUAAACGCGGGUUUAGUCUAUAAAUUACCGAAAGUGAUGGAAGCGGUGUAUAAAGCGGUUAAGUCGUGGCUCAAUGAAGAACAAGAGAAAUAUUGUUAUUUGAUUAGCAAGAAGAACAUUCACGAAUAUGUGGCCCAAAAUCAAUUGCCUGAUCUUUUAUUGGGCUUAAAUCAAGAACCAUAUCGUAAUAUACCGGACAACUCACCCACCGCUCAUGAAUUGGCCGAAAGAUUGGGCAUUAAAGUAGAAAAGGCCGACAAAUUGGUUAAACAUUUGGAGCCAUUCUUUAUCGAA